CCCGCCACACCCACCAAGAAGGCCAUGCCACUCUACUCCACAACUCUCGAUGGUACUCUUUGGGCUUCAAGGCCCUGGGAGUGGGGGGUGGGGAACGGUAGACAGAACCAUAGAGUACUCCGCCGGCCUCACAGAGGAAGAGAGAGCGGCCUCCAUAUGCCGGCGGUCCCAGAGGCGUCUGGGCCGGAGGCGGUCGCACAAAGGAAGUCCCGGGAGGCCACUCCAGCUGCUAGCGACCAUAGAGAUGAGGCUCCCGCCGGCCCAGGGCCGGGAGGUAAGCGAGCGGCGGCUGGAUGGGAACUAGUGGGGAGUGCGGGUGGAGAAGGCCGGAGGCAAAAGUUUCUCGAGCCCCAGGAUGAGGGCUGGGCCUGGGCGGUGGGAACGCUCGGGAGAAGUGCUGAAGGGAGCACGGCGACAAGUGGGGCCCCGGCGCAUCACAUCAGCCGCCCCGGUGCCUCGGUGGCGUCACUGCCCAGGACCCCGCGCGGUUACCCUCUCCCUCUCCUUACGACCAUAAGCAUGACGAUGCUCCAUCCUAAGCCUUGCAGGUUACAAAACGGCUUUCCCAUUUGCCGGCUCUUGUGAUUCUCGCUCCCGCCCAAUGAUGUGGACGCUGUCAUCGCCUCCACUUUACAGAUAGGAAAGCUGAGGCCCCGAGAAGCGAGGGGACUGUAUCUGUUCAAGGCCCCGCGGUGAGUCAGAGCCCACAGGCAAGUGGAAACCGGGUGCCUUGGUCCCCAGACCGGAUCUCCUCCUUUCCCCAGGCCUUCUCUCUGUCUUAAUUUGUCCUUUCUCUUCCUCAAUACCCCUGCUCUGAGGAUAAGCUCGUUUCUUCUCUUGUGCACACCUGUGUCCCACCUCACUCCACCUUCCAGCGGCUGAAGGUUCUCAAUCUAGAUGACCCCGCGUCCUCCUUGGCUCCCCUCUAAGGCAAGUAUACCGCCCAAGCUGGAAGAUUCCCGAGAACAGCGAUAAGUGGAGGCUGCGGUUUCCAGAGAAUCCUCUGAGGGCAGAAGUGCACUGCCCUGCCACCUUCUGAAUUUCUGUGAUCUGAGGCUUUGAGUUGCUGAAUUCUCACCUGCAACCUGAUUUCCUAGCCCUAGGCCCUUACUCGACCUCCAGGUGACUCAGUUUCAUGAAGUGAUUGCUAUGAUUCUUGUUAAUUCCUAAUUACUUAGCUUAAACUAAUAACAGGACAUGCAAUUUAGUUGACAUUCACUUCUCAGUUGUGUUCCAGUGUUCAACAUGAGGCCAGAGUCAAUGCGUUACAAAUUUCUCCAGGUGUGUUACUUUAUAUGUAAGGCACCACUGGCUUGACAUCUUAGUAGAAGCCUGGCUUUGCUGUGAUGCAUCUCUAUGUCUACAGUUCUUCACUAGUAUCCCCUUUUUUGUCUGACUUGCAUAGACUGUUGUGGUUUGUGUGCAGUGAAGUGAUAAUGUCAAUAAACACCAUUCAAAAAGCUCCAAGUCUAGGGAGGGAGACUGAUAGGUAAACAACAGUGCAGUGUGACACAAUUUCUGACAGAGCUAUGUAUGAGAUGCCAUUAGGACCCCAGAGAGAGAAACUUAGAUGAACGGUGUCAGGAAGCCAUCCUAGUGGAAGUGACAUUUGUGCAGCUUCUUAAAGGAUAGUUAGGAGUUGGUUAGCCAGACAAAAGAUAUGGUAAAGGGGAGAAGGCCCAUCAAGCUGAGAGAAAGGGGGGUGUGUAAGGAUAUGGAAGCAGAAGAGAAUGUGGUGAGUCUAGGUAAUGGAAAAUCAAUAAGUUGAAUCAUUGGUUCAGAGAUCUUUUGCUGAGAGAGGUGGAAGAUGAAUCUGGAGAGGUCAGCGGGGGCCAGAUCAUGAAGGAAGGGCUCUGAGCUAAGGAAUAGUGAAAUCGUAAAAUGUCAAGAGGGGAAGGGACCUCUGAGAUCCUUCUGCCCAACCCAAUUUUAUUGCAGGUAAGAAAACUGAGACCCAGAUUGCUUCGUGAUUUGACCAAUAUCACUUAGCUCCAAGAAACAGUCUUUAAUGUAAACGUUGUCAUAAAAAGGAAAUUUCUAGGUUAAGUAAGGUAUGGCAUGCUGCCAUGCAAGGAAAUGCCUAAUUGGGCAGUCACUGGGCUGUGCACCCACACCAACUGGGAAGAAAGUGAGAGAUCUAAUUUCAUGUUGUUUGGUUUUUCUUCUGGUUGGUUUAUCAGCACAUAAGAGGCCACAGCACACAAGUUGGUGGUGAUGACAGACCCGGUAUUGGACUCACAGCCAGCUAACAGCACUGGGGAGAUGGAUGGACUGUGCCCUGAGCUAUUGCUGAUCCCCCCACCUCUCUCUAACCGUGGAAUCCUAGAGCCCGUCCAGAACCCCUGUCCUUCUGGGAACCCUCCACCUUUGCCUGGUGACCCAGGCUGCCUGCUGGUAGAAGCCACAGCAACUGAAGAGGACACAGGAAACAUGGAGAUCAUUGUGGAAGCAGUAGCUGGAAACCUAUCCCCAGGUGCUCCUGGAGAGACCCCAGGUGUCCUGGUAAAGGUGGUGGAGGUGUACUUCUGUGCGCGCUGUGAGCAGAGCUUCGCAGAGCCCACUCUGCUGGCCCUGCACCAGUGCACUGAGACCCUUAUCCAGCCUGUGCAGGGCCUCGCGAGCCCCCCCUGCUCUGUAGAGCUGCCCCCCAGCAGCCUUACUCUCCCUGGCCCUCUGCAGGGCCAGAGCCCCCCAGAUAGCCUCCUGCCAUGCCCUGUGUGUAGACAGGAGUUUGCCCAACCCCAGGCCCUGAAGAGCCACUUCAAGAUUCACCGGGGCACUCCCGACACCUUCUCCUGCCCAGAGUCUGGCUGUGUGUUCUCCACUCAAGAUCGCAAGGGUCUACAGCACCACCUGAGGCAGACCCACAGAGCACUUCCUGUGCCCUGUUCUUUCCGGGGCUGCCCCCUGCUUUUUGGGAGCCAGCAGGGCAUGGAGCUGCACCGGCAGGCCCAUUACCCUUUCCACUGCAACCACUGCAGCUUCGUGAGCUCCAACGUCAAACUCUUCCGGCAGCAUCAGCGGAGUCAUGGGGCCGGGACACAGGGAGAACUGUCUGCUGUUCAGGGUCUUCCAUCUCAGGAGCUACUGCCAGCUCCCAAACUGUCCCCAGGAGAGGGAGAGCCUUCAGAGGAAGCAGGAGCAUCCUUGCCUGGGCAGGAGUCAGCUGAAGAGGAGGACAUAGAGGAUGAAGAGGAGAGUGGCAGCCAGAAGAACUCCCAGAAAGCCCUGGAGAAAGGCCAGGGGGCUCUGCAGUUGGAGGGGGCUGUGGCUUCUGGCACUGAGUCCCUCUUCAAGACCCACAUGUGUCCAGAAUGCAAGCGCUGCUUCAAGAAGCGCACCCACCUGGUAGAGCACCUACAUCUCCACUUCCCAGACCCCAGUCUGCAGUGCCCCAACUGCCAAAAGUUCUUCACCAGUAAGAGCAAGCUCAAGACCCACCUGCUGCGGGAGUUGGGCCAGAAGGCCCACCGCUGCCCACUGUGCCACUACAGUGCAGUGGAGAGGAAUGCCCUCAACCGCCACAUGGCCAGCAUGCACGAGGAUAUUUCCAACUUCUACUCAGAUACCUAUGCCUGUCCUGUCUGCCGGGAGGAGUUCCGCCUCAGCCAGGCCCUUAAGGAGCACCUCAAGAGCCACACUGCGGCAGCUACGGCCGAGCCGCUGCCCCUUCGCUGCUUUCAGGAGGGCUGCAGCUACACGGCCCCCGACCGCAAGGCCUUCGUAAAGCACCUGAAGGAGACCCAUGGGGUGCGGGCCGUGGAGUGCCGCCAUCACUCGUGUCCCAUGCUCUUCUCCACGGCAGAAGCCAUGGAGGCCCACCACAAGAGCCACUAUGCCUUCCAUUGCCCCCACUGUGACUUCGCCUGCUCCAACAAGCACCUGUUCCGCAAGCACAAGAAGCAGGGCCACCCUGGCAGUGAAGAGCUGCGCUGCACCUUCUGCCCCUUUGCCACCUUCAACCCUGUGGCCUACCAGGACCACGUGGGCAAGAUGCACGCUCAUGAGAAGAUCCACCAGUGCCCUGAGUGCAGCUUUGCCACUGCCCACAAGAGGGUGCUUAUCCGCCACAUGCUGCUGCACACCGGCGAGAAGCCGCACAAGUGUGAGCUCUGCAACUUCACGUGCCGAGACGUGAGCUACCUGUCCAAGCACAUGCUGACCCACUCCAACACCAAGGAUUACAUGUGCACUGAGUGUGGCUACGUCACCAAGUGGAAGCACUACCUCAGCGUGCACAUGCGGAAACACGCGGGCGACCUCAGAUACCAGUGCAACCAGUGCUCCUAUCGCUGCCACCGGGCUGACCAGCUGAGCAGCCACAAGCUGCGGCACCAGGGCAAGUCCCUGAUGUGUGAGGUGUGCGCCUUCGCUUGCAAGCGGAAGUACGAGCUGCAGAAGCACAUGGCUUCCCAGCACCACCCCAGCACGCCGGCCCCACUCUACCCCUGCCGCUACUGCAGCUACCAGAGCCGCCACAAGCAGGCCCUGCUGAGCCACGAGAACUGCAAGCACACCCGCCUCCGAGAGUUCCGCUGUGCCCUCUGCGACUACCGUACCUUCAGCAACACCACCCUCUUCUUCCACAAGCGCAAAGCCCAUGGCUAUGUGCCCGGGGACCAGGUCUGGCAGCUCCGCUGUGCCAGCCAGGAGCCAGAGGGGGCCAGGCAGUGCCCAACACCCCCUCCGGACUCAGAGCCCUCAAGUCAGCUGUCUGCCCAGCCUGAGGGGCUGGACCACGACCCGGGAACUGUGGUGGACCCCAGCUUGGAUCAGGCCCUGCCAGAGACCAGCGAGGAGGACAGUGCUGGGAAACAGGAGGGCAGUGAGGUUCCCCAGGGGGAUGACCUGGUUGGCAGCCCCAUUCCGGCGGAGGUUGAUGAGGGUGGCUGCACCCUACACCUAGAGGCCCUGGGAGUGGAGCUGGAACCUGUGGCCGAGCCGCCCCUUGAGGAGAUCACCGAAACAGCUCCUGUGGAGUUCCGGCCCCUGGAUCCCUCAGGACCUCUGAGACUGGAAGGGCCAGAUGGAACUUUGACAGAGCUGUCUACCUUUGAAGGUGCUGGAACUUCUGGCUUGGGUGCUGAAGAGCCCAUUCUGGAAAAGCCAGCCUCUGAGCCCCGUAUAAAUGCCACUUCCUCAGAGGAGCCCCCUAACAGCUGGGUGGGAACCUUCAAGGCAAAUCCACCCACUGAGACAGCACCCCUGCCCCAGUUUCCUGAAUCAGAGUCAUUACUCAAAGCCCUAAGGAGGCAGGACAAAGAACAGGCAGAGGCGCUGGUGCUGGAGGGGCGGGUUCAGAUGGUAGUGAUACAGGGCGAGGGGCGGGCUUUCCGCUGCCCACACUGCCCUUUCAUCACCCGCCGGGAGAAGGCCCUGAAUCUGCACUCCAGGACUGGGUGCCAGGGCCGCCGAGAGCCCCUACUCUGCCCUGAGUGUGGAGCCAGCUUCAAGCAACAGCGUGGCCUCAGCACCCACCUGCUGAAGAAGUGCCCUGUUCUACUCAGAAAGAACAAGGGUUUGCCCAGACCAGGUUCACCCAUCCCUAUGCAUCCUCAGCCCCCAGGCUCCCUGACCUCAGAGGAUGCAGAAGGUGGGAAGCCCCCUCCUGCACCAUUAGAAGUAGAGAUCGUGCUCCCAAAAGAUGCUCCUUCCGCGCUUCCUAGGGAGCCAGAAAAGAUAGAGGAGCCUCUUGCCACUCUCUGUGGCUCUGCAGUCCCUCCUGCAGGAGACUCCUCACCCACAGAGGCCCCUGAGAAGUUCCACUUUGAGCAGGGCAAGUUCCAUUGCAACUCAUGCAUGUUCCUUUGCUCUCGGCUCUCCUCCAUUACCUCUCACGUGGCAGAAGGCUGCAGGGGUGGACGUGGUGGGGGAGGAAAGCAAGGGGCCUCCCAGACCCAGCCUGUUGUGUCGCCGCUAAAUAGCGGGGACUCUGGUCCCCUUAGCAAUGGGAGUACAGAGCGCAGCCCUGGUGAUGGGGAUGCAGCUCUGGUUCCAAAGCAGAAGGGGGCUCGCUUCUCCUGCCCCACGUGUCCCUUUAGCUGCCAGCAGGAACGGGCCCUGAGGACUCACCAGACCCGGGGCUGCCCCCUUGAGCAGUCUGGAGAGCUGCACUGUGACCUCUGCCCAUUCACGGCUCCUGCUGCUGCUGCCCUGAGGCUCCACCAGAAGCGGAGGCACCAUGCCGCAGCCCCAGCCCGCAGCCCCCGGCCCCCUCUUCAGUGUGCGGACUGUGGCUUCACCUGUAAACAGAGCCGGUGCCUACAGCAGCACCGGCGGCUGAAGCAUGAGGGGGUGAAGCCACAUCAGUGUCCUUUCUGUGACUUUUCCACCACUAGACGGUAUCGGUUGGAGGCUCACCAGUCCCGACACACAGGUGUUGGCCGCAUCCCCUGCAGCUCCUGUCCCCAGACGUUUGGUACCAACUCAAAACUGCGCUUGCACCGGCUGAGGGUACACGACAAAACACCCACCCACUUCUGUCCACUCUGUGACUAUAGUGGCUACCUUCGCCACGACAUCACUCGCCACGUCAACAGCUGCCAUCAGGGCACCCCAGCCUUUGCCUGCCCCCAGUGUGAGGCCCAGUUCAGCUCCGAGACAGCACUCAAGCAGCAUGCCCUGCGCCGGCAUCCCGAGCCUACGCCUGCUGUCCCUGGCUCUCCCGCAGAAGCCGUCGAAGGCCCCCUGCACUGCUCCCGCUGUGGACUGCUGUGCCCCAGCCCUGCCAGCCUGCGAGGGCACACUCGGAAACAGCACCCACGGCUCGAGUGUGGGGCCUGUCAGGAGGCCUUCCCCAGCCGGCCGGCACUGGACGAGCACCGGAGGCAGCAGCAUUUCAGCCACCGCUGCCAGCUCUGUGACUUCGCUGCCCGGGAGCGGGUGGGCCUGGUCAAGCACUACCUGGAACAGCAUGAGGAGACUUCAGCAGCAGCAGCAACCUCAGCUGGGGAUGGCGAUGCUGGCCAGCCCCCUCUGCGCUGCCCCUUUUGUGACUUUGCGUGCCGCCAUCAACUGGUGCUGGACCACCACGUGAAAGGGCACGGGGGCACCCGGCUCUACAAGUGCACUGACUGUGCUUACAGCACCAAGAACCGGCAGAAGAUCACGUGGCACAGCCGCAUCCACACUGGGGAAAAGCCCUACCGCUGUCACCUCUGUCCCUAUGCCUGUGCUGACCCCUCUCGCCUCAAGUACCAUAUGCGGAUUCACAAGGAGGAACGGAAGUAUCUGUGCCCUGACUGUGGCUACAAGUGCAAGUGGGUCAACCAGCUCAAGUACCACAUGACCAAGCACACAGGACUGAAGCCAUACCAGUGUCCCGAGUGUGAGUACUGCACCAACCGGGCUGAUGCACUGCGAGUGCACCAGGAGACACGGCACCGGGAAGCACGGGCCUUCAUGUGUGAGCAGUGCGGCAAGGCCUUCAAGACACGCUUCCUGCUGCGCACCCACCUCCGCAAGCACAGUGAGGCCAAGCCCUACGUGUGCAACGUGUGCCACCGUGCUUUCCGCUGGGCCGCCGGCCUGCGCCAUCACGCCCUCACCCACACCGACCGUCACCCCUUCUUCUGCCGCCUCUGCAGCUACAAGGCCAAGCAGAAAUUCCAGGUGGUCAAGCACGUGCGUCGGCACCACCCUGACCAGGCUGACCCAAACCAAGGAGUGGGCAAAGACCCCACCACCCCCACGGUGCACCUACAUGACGUGCAGUUGGAGGAUCCCAGCCCUCCUGCUCCCACUGCUCCCCCCACUGGACCUGAGGGCUGAGAGCCUCCCCCACCUCCCAGACAAGAAAAGGGCAUGGGCCCAGGUGUGCCGUCUGGAACCAGAGCCAGCCUGAGGAGCUCAAGGCCGGAGGAAAGGCUUGGCUUCAGGGUGUCAGAGAGGCUGGAACCCUCCUGGGACUCUGGCUGAGGUACUUGGAAGUUGAUAUAGAAGAGAGACCUGGACCACAAGUUGAUUUCUGUUGAGGCACACUGUAUUUUGAACCCAUGAGUGCCUAGUUUCUUCACCAUCAUGCCACCAAAGUCCCUGGCUAUAAGAUCGUGGUUUACCCAUUUCAUCUUCUCUCCUUCUUACUAUUUCAAGUCUUGUUUUCUUCCAGUAUCCUCAAAACAGUUGUAUCUAACUGCAUGUGCUGUUGUGCCCACUGCUCUAUAAAGCAUGGUUAAAUGAC